UGCCAUGGUCAACUGGCCAGGGAUACCUCCUACUCCUAUAUCGUCACCCACUCACCCGCUACUCCCUUUCAUAAUUGUUCUCGCAGAUUUCCGCAGCACCUUCGACCCGCCCUGCAAUGGCGCCGCCCACAGUCCCACCGCCAGCCAUGAAGUACUUCUGGGGCGACUCCCCGGAGCCCGACGCGUACUACGCCUCGCUGGGCCUUCGCCACACGGAGUCAUACUACCAGUCCCCCUGUGGCCGCAUCUUCACCCACUCCUACCACCCGGUCUCCGCCGCGCACGACGGCGACGUCAAGGGCGCCGUGUUCAUGACCCACGGCUACUGCAACGACUCUUCUUGGCUCUUCCAGACCGUCGCCAUCAGCUUCGCGCAGUGGGGUUACGCCGUGUUCUGCGCCGACCUCCUCGGUCACGGCCGCUCCGACGGCAUCCACGGCUACGUAGGCGACAUGGAGUCCGUCGCCAGGGCCUCGCUCUCCUUCUUCCUCUCCGUCCGUAAGGGCCCCGUCUACGCGUCGCUCCCGGCCUUCCUCCUCGGCGAGUCCAUGGGCGGCGCCGCCACGCUGCUCAUGUACCUCCGCUCCCCGCCGGACGCCGGGUGGACGGGGCUCAUCUUCGCCGCGCCACUGCUACUCAUCCCGGACGAGUUGUACCCGUCCCGGGUGCGGCUGUUCCUCUACGGCCUCCUCCUCGGCCUCGCCGACACCUGGGCUGUGCUCCCGGACAAGAGGAUAGGGGCGAAGUUCAAGCCGAAGUCGAACCGGGACCCGGAGAAGAUGAAGGUGAUCGCGUCCAACCCGAGGCGCUACAACGGCGCGGCGCGGGUGGGCACGAUGCGGGAGCUGGCCCGCGUUACGGAGCUGCUCAGGGAGAGCUUUGGGGAGGUGACGGCGCCGUUCCUGGUGAUGCACGGCACCGACGACGUGGUCACCGCGCCGGAGGGGUCCAAGAUGCUGUACGAGCGCGCGGCGAGCGAGGACAAGUCGCUCAUCCUCUACGAGGGGAUGCACCACUCCCUCCUCCAGGGGGAGACCGACGAGAAUCGCGACCGCGUGUUCGCCGACAUGCGCGCCUGGAUCGACGAGCGCGUCCGCCGCUACAGCGCCGCCGUGCCCGCCGCGAACGACGACACCAAGGAGGUCACCAUGGCCGCCUGA